AUGGCUGCUCUGUCCCUCUUCCUCGAUGUCCCGCUCACCAGGGAAGCCCAUGAGCUCCUCUAUGCCUACAUGGAAGACCCCUCUCCAGACAAGGUGUAUCUGGACUGCCGGGGCUGUCGGAUAGAUACAGGUGAAGCUUGGGUUUGCCCUACAGUGCUGCGCACCCUGCAGCUGGUGGCCGGGGACCCUACGCAAGACUAUGAGCAGCUCCCGGUGUGUGGGCUCCCCGAGUUCACCAGGGCAGCCACAGAGCUGGCGAUCGGUCGGGAGAGCCAGGCAAUCCUCGAGAACAGGGUACGGAUCCUGCAGCCUGUCGGUGCUCCUCUGAAAGCAAGGGGCAGUGGGGUGAGAGACGCGAUAAAAGCAGAUGCUACUGUUGAUAUCCCUGGCCUGGGCAUGGGUUUUUCUUCUAUUCUAGCUUUCUGGUGCAGGCUUUACCUGGCUGGUGGUGUUCAGACAGUGGGAGUAACUGGAGCUCUCCGGAUCGGAGCUGAAUUCCUGCGGCGCUGGCACUGUCAGCAUACCCCUGGCCCAGCCAGGGUUUAUAUCGCUGUGCACCAGCUGGACUUUUUCCAGGGGAUAUUCCAUGAUGCUGGCUUUGUAGAUAUCUGUCCUUACCUGUACUGGGAUUUGGAGAGGCUGGAUGUGGCUCUGGAGGACUUCCUGGAGGUGCUGGAGAGCUCACCAGAAGGCUCCAUCAUUUUGCUGCAUGGUCCUGAGGGAACCGGCCUGACCCCGCGGCAGUGGGAAGAAGUCGCCCAAGUCAUGGAGAGGAAGCAUCUCUUCCCUUUCUUCGACAUCCCUGGGCAGGGUCUGGCCUCCGGAGACCUGAACAAGGAUGCCUGGGCUUUGCGGCACUUUGUGGCCAGAGGGUUCGAGCUCUUCUGUGCUCAGUCUUUCUCCAGAAUCUUUGGCUUGUACGAUGAGCCCGUGGGGAACCUGACCGUGGUGGCGAGGGACAACGUGGCACUGACCCGCGUCCGGUCCCAGCUGGAGAAGGUGGCGGCAGCACUGUGGGGCAGCCCCACCUGCUUCAGCGCCCGCGUCAUUGCCACCGUGCUCAACAACCCUGCCCUGCGCAGCAAGUGGAAGCAGAGUCUCCGGGCCAUGGCGGAGAAGAUCAUGUUGAUCCGGGCAAAGCUGAAGGAGAAGCUGCGGAUCCUGGGCACUCCAGGCUCCUGGGAGCACAUCACCACCCAGCUGGGUACACACAGCUUCAUGGGGCUGCUCCCUGUCCAGGUGGCUUAUCUCAUGAAGCACAAGCACGUCUACCUUCACACAGAUGGCCAGGUCAGCAUGUGCAGCAUCAACUCCCACAACAUGGAUUAUGUUGCCCAAAGCAUUCAUGAAGCAGUGGUGGCCACGAUGCUAGGACUCAGCCAGCACCCAGAACACUGCAAGGGCCAGUGA